GGCACACCAGGGAACUGGGGCGGAGGAGGAGAACCCAAACUUACAGGGAGAGAGUUUGGGGAAGGGAGGCGGAUACGAGGCCGAACAGCUUCCCCGCAGAGGUCCCCGGGGCGGAGCGGCAGAAGGGGGAGCGCUUCUGAAGGACCCCGCCGCCGCCAUCCCGCCCCCCGCUCCCCUUCCCGCCUCCCGGGAGGGCCCGCUCCGCCUGCCUGAGUCACGGCUGGAGCCGGGGAGGAGCCGGGGAAAGGAGGCCCCAGCCCAGAGUGCAGCUAGCGGCCUCAGGGAAAGCAGGCAGGGCGGUCGGGGAUCAUGGGGGAGAGCGCGCUGGAGCCGGGGCCUGUGUCCGCAGCGCCGGCGGGGGGCCCGGUGCACGCCGUGACGGUGGUGACGCUGCUGGAGAAGCUGGCCACCAUGCUGGAGGCACUGCGGGAGCGUCAGGGGGGCCUGGCUCGGAGGCAGGGCGGCCUAGCGGGCUCGGUGCGCCGCAUCCAGAGCGGCCUGGGCGCGCUGAGCCGCAGCCACGACACGACGAGCAACACGCUGGCGCAGCUGCUAGCCAAGGCGGAGCGCGUGGGCUCGCACGCGGAUGCCGCCCAAGAGCGCGCGGUGCGCCGCGCCGCCCAGGUGCAGCGGCUGGAGGCCAACCACGGGCUGCUGGUGGCGCGCGGGAAGCUCCACGUCCUGCUCUUCAAGGAGGAGGCUGAAAUCCCAGCCAGCGCCUUCCAGAAGGCGUCCGAGCCCUUAGGCCCGGCAGACCAGUCUGAGCCCAGCCCGGAGCAGCCCGAGGCCGAAGUUGAGGAGAGCUCGGACGACGAGCCGGUGGAGUCCAGGGCCCGGCGGCUGCGGCGCACCGGAUUGCAGAAGGUACAAAGCCUGAGAAGAGCCUUGUCCGGCCGGAAAGGCCCUGCAGCACCAGCGCCCACGCCUGUCAAGCCACCUCGCCUCGGGCCUGGCCGGAGCGCUGACGGCCAGCCGGAAGCUCGGCCUGCGCUGGAGCCCAAGCUGGAGUCGGAACCUCCACAGGACACCGAGGAAGAUCCCGGGAGACCCGGGGCUGCCGAAGCCGCGGUGCUUCAAAUAGAGAGUGCAGCCUAAUGGCUGUGCUGUCUGCCUCUCCUGUGCCUAUGCGUAGUCCCAAAAUAAAUCUCCCUCUCAAAAUGCAGCCUUCACACCCAAAUAAGGAGUGAAUCCUGCAUCCACAGCCCAGCUCUGGCCUCCCCUUCCCGGUUCCUUCAGGCUAGCCUCUCUCCCCUAAGGGAGGAGCAGCCAAUCACACCUGCUUGCCCUCACCGUCAAUAAAAGUAAUGUCACCUAAUCCAGACUCCAUGUGAAGGGGUGGGAGGAAGAGGCUGGCAAGGCCUGAGACAGAUGUUAGAACCUGGAACGUGACUUCAGUUUCAAAAAGAUCAUUGUGUCCUUUCUCAGGUUCCCAGUGAAUCUCGGGCUCUGAUUUCCUUUCUCAGGUUCCCAGUGAAUCUCGGGCUCUGAUUAGUGGCACUUAGAAAUACCCUGUUGCCCCCUGGCUUCUUGAGCGCACUUUGCUCAUGGAGAAGCAUGCAGUAUAGUCUUUUGCUGUCCCUGCUCAGUAAAUGUCAACAGGUGGUGUUCCUCUUAGUUUCUUCUUCUUCCACCUCUUAAAAGUUAGGUUUUCCUCUGUUCUGAGCCGUCUUCUCAUCCUGGGUACUCCUCUGUGAACAUUUACUCCUAGGCCUUUCCCACCAGCCACACACACCCUAAGACAACUGUCCUGAGCUGCAACUGAAAUGUACCUCAACUCAGUCCAAAGCAAGCAGUCUACCUUUUAAUUAUGUCCAGUUUCAAUUUUACAGAUAUUUAUUGAACACUUUCUAUGUAUUAUUUGAAAUUGCUCCUACCAGGGAAUGGCACCAUCAUCCACACAGAAACCUGGGAGUCCUCCCUGGUUCCUUCCUCCCUCUCUUACUCCCUUCCCGCUUGGAAAGUUAUCCUAUUGCUUUGUCCUCUUCAGUCUGACCACUUUUUAAAGACCCAUGGCCUUAUCUUUCACCUGUUAUUUGAACUGCCAGUCUGAUCCCAUCAUCCUCCUGACUCAGAUCCUCAGUAACUCCCCAUCACCUUCAGAAUAAAGUCUGAGUUCUUGAAUAUUCCGUCAACAUCUUUAACAUAACCUUUCACGAGCUGGCUUCUGCCCAUUUUCGUAGCCUCAUCACUUGCCGCUUCCCCUUAUUCUACUAUAGAAUUACAUUGAGCUUUGUGCUGUCAUGCUCAUCUCUAUUCUUCUGCAAAACCCAGCACGGGACCCCUGUUUCAGGCCCUGGUGCUUCUCUUCCUGGCUCCCAAAGCACCACCUGUACACCUCAGUACUAACUUGCUCACUGUGAUUGUUUGCAGUUACUCUCCCCACCCCAUUCCACGGGACUGCGGCUCCUCAGCUCUAGGGCUCGUUUUAUUAAUUUCUGUACUUCCCACACCACAUACCAUACCUGGCCCACAGCAGGCUCUCACGAAGCAAGAGCAUCACAGAAGUGAGAAGUGCGAGGGGAUUAGCUAGGGAUGGGAGCCUGGUCAUUAGCCCAUUCAUUCAGAUAUUGUCAUAUAAAAACACUUUUGAUUACCUAAUGUACUCCAGGCCCUGUCCUAGGUCUUGUGAACACCAAGAUGACAAUCCCGAGGCCCUCAAGGACUUCAGAGUUUAGGGAGAUACGAACCUGAAUGAUGUAAGUAUAGUGACUGUUACACGUAUGUUAUUUUGAGAGGAAAGACAGGACACAACCUAACCUGAAGGAGGAGAAGUGGGGGAUGUUGAAGGCAGUGUUCUUUGAAAAGGUAAAUAGAGAGAUGGAAAACAGGAAUGGUGAGUGGCAGGAGAGUUCAGUGGUUAUAGUUUGGCUUCUCAGUUCCUUCAUCUGUUAAAUGGGAUAAUGAUAAACCCCAUUGAGCUGCUGUGAGGAUUAAGUUACAUAAGUGUUUAGCACAGUGCCUGGAGCAGAGUUUGCUUCAGGUGUAUAAUUCAUUCAUCCAGUUACUCAACAAAUAUUUACUGAAUUUGGAGUUUCUGCCAGGCAUUGUUAUAAGAGCUGGGGAUACAGUGGCACAUAACCCAAGAUCCCUCCUUUGUGGAUGAUGUAGGGGGAGACUGGCAAUAAACAAGUAUACUUAUGAGACAGAUAAAAACAUGCAAACAUAUGAACUAGAGGGGCUUUCUGGUUAUGCGCUCUGAAGGGAAAAAAGGAGUAAGGAUACAGAUGAUGACGGGGCA